ACGAAAAAUAAAUCAGUAACAAAUUCAAUGGUAAUGUAAUACACACAGAAACACAGAAAUGUGAUCUCUCUCACAAUCACUAGGUCAUGUCUGCUUAACAGCAAAGCGUCCCAGCUGAAUUAAUUCCCUCUCUUUCUCUCUCCUCGCUCUCUCUCUCACUCUCUCUCUCUGCUUAACUCUUCCUUACUGUAAUUACUGUCUAUUCUAAAAAAACAAAAUCAAAAUCAAACCCCAUUAAAUAAUUAAAUUAAAAGUAAUAAAUAAAUAAAAAUGAAAAAAACCCAAAAAACAAAAACCCAGAUUUGAAAUACCUCCAUUUCAAUCCUCUUCCUCUGCCACAUUGCAGAGAGAGAAACAAAAACAGAAAAAAUAAAGGAAGAAUUUUUGUGGGUUUUUCAUUUUGAUCUUCAAAAACAAAAAAAUUUAGUUUCUUUUUUUAAGGGGGUUUUCUUCCCCAUUUCACAGCAAUGGCUGAACAUCAUCAUCUGGGUGAUGAAGAGCUUAGUAUUUCAAUGGCUUCUUCUGAAAAUAGUACUGAAAUUUUACCAACAACAACUACUUCAACUAUUCAUACAUUGUCACCGACAAACCCAACUCCUCCGCCGCCUCUUGCGGUGUCUGGAUCGUUUAAAGAAGGCAAAAGUUCUUCCCGUCGACGCCCUUCUCGACGUCCGAGUCUUGAUGCCGAUGAGUUCUUGAAUCUUCUUCAUGGGUCGGAUCCGGUUAAAGUGGAGCUAAAUCGGCUUGAGAAUGAAGUCAGAGAUAAAGAGCGGGAACUUGCUGAAGCACAAGCUGAGAUCAGAGCAUUGAGGUUGUCUGAACGCCUUAGGGAGAAAGCUGUUGAAGAGCUCACUGAUGAACUGACGAAGGUGGAUGAAAAACUUAAACUUACAGAAAAUUCUUUAGAAAGCAAGAAUCUAGAAAUUAAGAAAAUCAAUGAAGAGAAGAAGGCAUCUAUGGCGGCUCAAUUUGCGGCAGAAGCUACCCUUAGAAGAGUCCACGCUGCUCAAAAGGAUGAUGACAUGCCUCCAAUUGAAGCCAUUCUUGCACCUUUAGAAGCUGAGCUUAAAAUUGCUCGACAGGAGAUUGGGAAGCUGCAGGAUGACAACAAAGCUUUAGAUCGUCUUACCAAAUCAAAAGAAGCUGCUUUAUUGGAAGCUGAGAGGACAAUUCAGUCGGCCCUUGCUAAAGCUUCAAUGGUAGAUGAUCUUCAGAACAAAAAUCAAGAAUUGAUGAAACAGAUAGAAAUAUGUCAGGAAGAAAAUAAGAUUUUGGACAAAAUGCAUCGACAGAAGGUUUCAGAAGUAGAAAAGCUAACCCAAACAGUACGGGAACUAGAGGAAGCUGUUCUUGCUGGUGGUGCAGCUGCUAAUGCAGUGAGGGAUUACCAGAGAAAAAUGCAAGAAAUGAGUGAAGAAAGAAAAACCCUGGACAGGGAGCUAGCUCGUGCGAAAGUAACUGCUAACAGGGUGGCCACAGUUGUAGCCAAUGAAUGGAAAGAUUCAAAUGAUAAGGUGAUGCCUGUUAAGCAGUGGCUUGAAGAGCGGCGAUGUUUACAGGGAGAAAUGCAGCAGCUUCGGGAUAAACUUGCUAUAUCAGAGCGAGCAGCAAAAUCUGAAGCCCAGUUGAAAGAAAAGUUUCAGCUACGCCUCAAGGUGUUAGAAGAGAACCUGAGGGGAGUUUCAACUAAUAGUAACCGAUCUACACCUGAGGGAAGAAGUGUAAGUAAUGGGCGUCGUCAAUCCCUUGGAGGAGCAGAUGUCAUGUCCAAAGCUAAUGGGUUUUUACCCAAGAGAUCGCCGAGUCUUCAAUCAAGAUCUUCUUUAACUUCAAGUGCUAGUAUGAUGUUAAGACAUGCAAAGGGGGUCUCAAAAUCAUUCGAUGGUGGUACAAGGUCAUUAGACAGGGGUAAAAUCUUGUUAAAUGGAAGUAGCUCAAACUAUGCUGCCAACCAAUCUUCUGAAGUAUCAAAGGAUUGUGAGCCUCAAAGUACUUCCCAGGAAAAUUCUGAUGAAAAGCCAAGUGAAGUACCAACAGCUGCUAAGGAAGAUAGUGUCCCAGGUGUAUUAUAUGAUUUGUUACAAAAGGAAGUCGUUGCUCUGAGGAAGGCUGGUCUUGAAAAAGAUCAAAGCCUUAAGGACAAGGAUGAUGCCAUUGAGAUGCUAGCAAAGAAAGUAGAGACAUUGACAAAGGCUAUGGAAGUUGAGGCCAAAAAGAUGCGAAGAGAAGUAGCUGCUAUGGAGAAGGAGGUUGCUGCCAUGCGCUUAGAAAAGGAGCAAGAGAACAGAGCUAAGCGCUUUGGUAGUUCCAAGGGUCCCAUGGCUAGCUCCCAGUUACUCGCUGGAAGGGCUGCUGGACGAGGUGGUUUAACACGCAGCACUCAAUAACAGCUAGCAAGAACAGCUUUAGGAGCUCUUUAGGAGUGAAACUGGACAGUUCUGCUCCAAUGUGUCCUUUUCUUAUUCUUUAUAUAUAUCUUAUUUGGUGAUUGAUUAUAAUAUUGCAAUCAGCACCCCAGUUAUUCUGUAUUAAGUGGAAAUUAUGGCAUCCUUACUUGGUAUGCUUCUGACGUUGACUGCUAUCGCCGUAUCGCAUGCUGAGACUUUCGGGUUAAGGAUAUCGAAGUAACUAACCUUAUGGCAAGAGUAUUUUCAAAUGGCAGUGGUGUGCUUGUUGUAUAGAUAGGGAUAUUAGUCUUCUAGCUCAUGUGCUGGAGCCCCUUGUAUUUGUAGUCAGCUAGUGUGAUGUUUUUCAGGUUUGUUAAUAUUCUUGGAAUCAGAUCAAAAUCAGAGUUGCAGUUUCUAUUACCGUUUCUUAUUGUUCCGUCUGCUUUCUUCUGUUGGUAUUGUUUAAGCUAACAAUGGAAUCAUAUAUAAGCGAAAAUUUAAUUUA